AUGCUGGAUAUGGAAAGAUUUGGUGAGCUUAAGAGGCAUAGAGACGAGAUGAUGGGUCACUUUGGUGGUUAUCUGAAUGAUUUUCAAGAGUUUGAGCCUGUGGUAAGGCCGCCAACGAUGGAAUCAAACUAUCCUUUGCUGGAGAUUGAAGAGGUUGUGGCUGCUGGUGAUGAUGAAGCUGGUUCUAGCUCGUUCCGUGGGGUUAGUCAUCCUCCAGAGAAGCCAAGCAUAGCUGAGGAGCCUGCAACAUCUCUGUCUCCGUUCUCUACGGCUCGCAGAUCCAAAGGCGUGGACGUCAUCGCGUGCGUCUCCGUGAACGACGCGUUCGUGAUGGAGGCGUGGAGGAAGGACCUCGGGAUCGAGGACGAGGUGAUGCUGCUGUCCGAUGGGAACGGAGAGUUCACGGGGAAGCUCGGCGUGGAGUUGGAUUUGAGGGAUAAGCCUGUGGGGCUCGGAGUUAGGUCGAGGAGGUACGCGAUUCUGGCGGAGGAUGGUGUGGUGAAGGUGCUGAAUCUUGAGGAAGGAGGCGCUUUCACUAACAGUGGUGCUGAGGAUAUGCUUAAAGCUCUUUGA